CUGUCUGUCUGUCUGUCUGUCUGCAGGGGGCACCGCCGGCUGCUUGGCACAGCGAUGGGAAGGAGCUGGCCUGGGUGCUCUUGGUUCAUACGGGGCUACCCAGCUGGCCUGCGGCUCUGCAGAUCCCUGUGGUGGAUGAGCCCCUCCGAAGCGCCCACUCCCUCAGUCGUCCCUGCCUGGGGAGCAGGGCAGGCCCUGACCCUCGCCCCUGAGUGCCCCCACCCCAUGGACCUCGCCCCCCCGGCUCUGCCUCCCGUCCAUCCCCAGCGCUUGGAGCAGGCGCCAUGGCAACGGCUGCAGGCCGCGCGGGGGCAGCCCUGAGCGAGUGACAAGCCGCCACCACUGGCACCUGGGCACAGGCGAUGGGCAGCGGGCGUGUGGUGCUCUGGGCCCUGCCUGCCUGCAGCUGAGGGGAACCCCCAGCCCCCAGACCAGCCACCAUGGUGAUGUCCCAGGGCACCUACACCUUCCUCACCUGCUUCGCCGGCUUCUGGCUCAUCUGGGGCCUCAUCGUGCUGCUCUGCUGCUUCUGCAGCUACCUGCGACGACGCCUCAAGAGCCAGCAGGAGGAGCGGCUGCGGGAGCAGAACCUGCGUGCGCUGGAGAUGGAGCCGCUGCACUAUGAGGGCUACUCAGGCAGCCCCCCUGGCAUGGCCAUGGCCAUCCCCCCCCGGCUGCGCAUGGAGCCGCACCACCCCCCCGGCCCACCCCCCCAGCCCUGGAGCUACCGGCACGAGUCGGACCUGUCCAAGCCCCCGUGCUACGAGGAGGCACUGCUCAUGGCUGAGCCGCCACCGCCCUACAGCGAGGUGCUCAUGGACACACGGGGGCUGUACCGCAAGAUCAACGCCCCCUUCCUGAGCCACGAGCGCCCCGAGAAACAGGAGCAGCCCCCCAGCUACAAGCCCCUCUUCCUGGACCGAGGUUACAGCGCAGCCCUGCACGUGCCCAGCUCUGCCAGCCAGGGCCCCACCUUCUAUCUGGAGGCUGAGCGUGCCCAGCGCAUGUUCCCCAGCUGGAUGGACUCAGAGCUCAGCAGCAGGGACACGUAUGAACCUGGGGCCUGGCACCUCCCUGUCUCCAUGCCCUUGUUUGGCAGGACUACGGCAGUUUAGGGGCCUGCCGGGCAGAGUGCCACAUUAGAGCCUGCCUGAGCCCUGGUGCUGUCACUGGCGCAGCUGGGCUCAAGCUGCCCGUUCCCCUUGGGAGCCACCCUGGGCCCCACCUCAGGGCUAGCGCAAACCCAGGCUGGACAAUGUGACACGUUGCCUGCUGCAGCCAGUGUGAGGGGCUGGUCCCCAUCCUACUCCGUGGCUCCCUGCAGGCCCCCUGGUGCUGACUGGGGCUCCGAGCAGGCCCUGCACUGGGCUCUUUCCUAGUUCGUUUGUUACAGUUUGAGAAUAAAAG